UUUCCUCUGCACAUUGGUUAGCAAGUUAGCACUUCAUUGCAGAAAAAUAACAAAUUCAUAUAUUUUAUACUCAUGGAGCUCAAAUUAAAUAUAUGUUAAGGUCCUUCAAAUAACUAGUCUCUGCGACAAACGUUUAUCACCUCAUUAGCUAGGCUCUAUCAGUUUUCGAGGGAUAACGUCGACAUGAACAAAGUUUCGCUAGCUAACGUUAACGUCGUUUAGUGAGCUAGCUAAGUUAUCUCAAACACUCUUCAACAUGGACUUGUAUCACGUUUUGGAGAUGAUAGGAGAGGGCUCGUUUGGACGAGUGUAUAAAGGACGUAAAAAGUUCAGUGGCCAAGUCGUGGCACUAAAGUUUAUCCCCAAGGUGGGCCGUUCUGAAAAGGAGCUGCGCAAUCUCAAAAGAGAAAUUGACAUCAUGAGGGGACUUCAACAUCCAAACAUUGUCCUGCUAUUGGACAGCUUUGAGACUGAAAGAGAGGUUGUUGUUGUGACUGAGUAUGCAGAGGGAGAGUUGUUCCAGAUCCUUGAAGAUGAUGGGAACUUACCUGAGAGCCAGGUCCGUGAGAUUGCCUGCCAGCUGGUCUCUGCCUUGUAUUAUUUGCAUUCCCAUCGGAUUCUCCACCGUGACAUGAAACCACAGAACAUUCUGCUGGGCAAAGGAGGGGUGGUGAAGCUGUGUGAUUUUGGAUUUGCUAGAGCCAUGAGUGUGUCCACCCUGGUCCUGACCUCCAUCAAGGGGACGCCCCUCUACAUGUCCCCAGAACUGGUAGAGGAGAAGCCCUACGACCACACAGCCGACCUCUGGUCUCUGGGCUGCAUCCUCUAUGAGCUCCACACGGGGGCGCCACCCUUCUACACAAACUCCAUCUUUCAGCUGGUCCAGCUCAUAGUCAGAGACCCUGUCAAGUGGCCGGACACCAUGAGCCAGACCUGCACGACUUUCCUGAAGGGUUUGUUGACCAAAGACCCACAGAAGAGGUUGUCGUGGCCACACCUCCUAAAACACCCCUUUGUUGCUGAUGGAGUUCUAGUUCUCUCAGACCCCGUUGCAUCCAGCCCGCUGACAGUGGCCCCCAGCCUAGACCUGCAGACUCGUAAACUCCAGCAGGCAGCACAGAAAGCAGCGCCACAUGGUGGAGAGGGGAGGUUACUGCGCAAGGCCAGGGAACAGAGGGACAAGAGGAGCAGACAGGUGGGAAACGGAAAGACUGAAUCAUCUAGUCAGGCACCUUCAAGGAAGCCCCUGUCCAAAGACAGCCUGGUGGCUCCCUCAGAUGGUUUGGAUCAAGAUCUGUCACAAUUAACCGCCAAUCUGAGUCUUACCCCGAAACAGUCUGCCAGUGAGAGAUCCACUAACAGCAGGGGUCAGAUCAGCCGGGACUACGAGCAGGAGUUCCCCUCUGUGGAGAUUGGGCCCCGACAGGCCCUGAGGCGACCUGAGACUGAGGAAAGGGGCCAGGCCAGGACCAGCCUGAGUGCUGUGAGGCUCCACAGCCAGGAUGUUGACAGUGAUGAGGAGUGGGAGAGGUUGAUCCAGCAGACCUCUGUUUCCAGCGGCCAAACCAUUCAAAUCAUACCUCGAUUGAAAGAGAAGUUGCUGACAUCCAAAACUCUGCUAUUGGAUGGUAUCCUGGAGGGGGCGUGUCAAAUCCGUCAGCCGCUGAAGGUCCUGUCCAACCUGAUCUUGACCUCUGACUCAGAGGACUCCCAUCGACUCAGACAGGAAGUUGGACUACCUAAUUUCCUGUUCAACCUGGUCCGGGAUAUUGUGGAGAAUCCAGUCGUCGUUAAGCAACCGUGGAGUGUGACAGUACUGGGGGAAGUGAUUGUUCUACUCUUGAACUAUUGGGAGAAGAACUGUGACUGGCAACAAGCAGAGAACAAACUGGAAGAUUACGCCAUGCCUUUUUUCAAGAUUCUGCUUCGGCCUGACCCUAACCCUUUGGCACCUCUGGCAGCAGCCGUUUUGGCCAUAUUCAGCCAGUGUGGAGUCUCUGUGGAUGUUAGCAUGGACAGGAUCACUGCCCAGCUCAACAAGCUUCUCUCAGACUCUGAUGAGCCACGCGUCCCGUUACCACCAGGCUGGGGGUUCUGUGAUGGCUUCUUGUCAUUGGUUCUCCACACCCUAACUGAGAAUGAAAACCCUCCACACUCUGCUUCUUUGGAUCCAAGCAUUCUGCGCCUCCUAUGGGCGAAAGUUGGUACUUCACUGGAGAAGACAUCAGCCAAAACAGAGUUCUGCUCCUCAAACGGACUGUAUGUGUUCCUGUCCCUCGCCCUUUUUGUCCUUACCAGGGACCCGUACAGCUGUGUUCCCCUGUUCUCAGACAGCGACACAAACUGUAUACUCACCCUGGGCCACCUGCUCACCACUGAUUGCAUACCAACAGUCAAUCACUGCCAUACUGUCACGGUGGUGAUAUGUGGAGAGUGCCUCGUCUCUUCCAGUGUUUCCAGGCCGUCUGAGGAGACUCACGGCCAGCUUUGGGGUGGUGACUCCAGUGUGAACAGCCUAUCAGUGUUGAGCUGCCACCUGCUGUGUUUCCCCUUUGCCCUGGACCUGUCGUCAGAGACGAUGGACAGACUACUCCAGCUGUACCACAGCGCUGGCAUUGUCUCUGGCCUGCUGCAGGUUGUCCAGUCCGUUCCUCCGUCUCUCCUGGAACUGCCUCUCUCUCUGCUGUGUCGCCUGCUGCUGUGUGACCCCAGCCGCUCUGUCCCCUGCUUCACAGCAGCUACCAGGGCCCAAGGCUUCUUCUCUCCACCCAGCAGUGACCCCAAGGAGGAUAGAAGAGACCAGGCCCCAGCCUCCAGGGACCAGGCUGGGCACCCAGUGUCUGUGUCUAGGACUGCCAGCUCCCUUCUCUCUGCCCUGCUAAAGCCUGAUAGUGAAGCCCUGUGGGGGUCGGCCGUGGAGCUCCUCACCCUGCUGUCCCAGGCUGCCCGCUGCUCCCCCAGGUCCCGACCUUCCACCCCUCAUCUCCACCUGGAGACUGCUCCCCUGCACCAGGCCCUGGCUCACCCAGACGACAGGGUCAGAUCUGCUGCCUGUAGCCUGCUAGGUAACCUGGACCCGUUUACACCUCCUAAUCCUCCCUCCACAAGUGACCCACAACGGACCCGGCUGCAACCCGCCAUCCUCAGAGACAUAAUUGGCUGUCUCCACGACCCCUCUGCGUCCGUACGGAGGAUGGCCUGCAGGGCCGUGGGUAAUUGGCUGGGGCUCAUCGGAAAGGCAGGGUUUAGAACACGGAGAGCCAGUGGGAGAGAGGCCAGUAUUGCCCGUAUUACAGCCCGGGACAGGAAGAAGGGCAAGCCAGACAAGACUGUGUCCUCCCAGUCCCUGGUAGGAGCUAGAGGAGACUCAUCCACAACACUCAAACAGCAAGUAGCAGACCAGGAGGAUGGCAGUGGAUGGGUGAAGGAAGCCAAUGGGGCAACAACCAAGCUACUCUCCCUCAUAACGGACCCUGAUGCGCUGACACGCCGCCACUGCUGCGCUGCCCUUGGCAACAUGGCCGCCGUGGAAGGGGGUGUGGCUUCACUGCUGGAGGGAGACGUGCCCCUCCUCCUCCUACAGGCCGCCUGUACCGACUCCCAGCAUGCAGUCCAACGAGCGGCCGUCACUACCCUGGGCUUAUACAGCCAACAGGACGCACUACGACAGGCUCUGCUGUCCCUUGAUGCACGUGAGAAACUUCGUCAGGCUUCACAGCAUGUAGCACCUCCACAGUGUGACUACUGUCAGAUCAUCAAGCUGCUAUGAAGGCCAGUGCAGUGGGUGAGAGAAUAGUGUGUGUCUAUUUGGUCAAAUCAGUCUUGUGGAUCAGCCCGUCUGCUUUUGCCUUAAUACUGGGAUUCAAUGUAUAAGCUGGAUGCCGGAUGCUGUAUCCUCUAUCCAUAACCCAUCUGUGCAGCGCGCUGGUUUAUAAAAUGAUUGCCAUCAAUAUUUGAUGUCUUUGUUUUAAAAGAUAAAAGCAAACUUCAUUACAUUGAGGGAUUGUCAUUUGUCAGUUGGGAUAACUUGUUAACAUGUUUUACUCUCUUGAAUUGAAAGGAGCAUAAUUUAUUUGUUUAGUUUGGCCAAUAUGUUCUAAGUGCCUGUAUAGCGUUAACUGGCACAAUGAGGUCUGGAGUUGUACGAUGCAAGUCAAGUUUUUUGAGUGUUUCUAAUGUAAUUUGUAAUGCUUUGAAUUUAAUUAAAACAUGUAGUGUAGGCCUAUCAGAAAUUGAUAGAUUUUGUUUAACAAUGUAAAAAUAUGGUUUUCAAGUAAUUCUUGAGGAAGACUUUUGAAUUGUUAUGCACUGGUAUUAAUAAACCCUCCUGUGCCAUUCUAAUGAUGAGUACUA